CGAUCUUGUAAGUGAUUUGUGAGAUUCAUAUAUGGCUCCUGUAGGAUUACCUCCAGGCUUCAGAUUUCAUCCAACGGACGAAGAACUCGUAAACUAUUAUCUGAAAAGAAAGAUCAAUGGUCAAGAAAUCGAGCUAGAUAUAAUCCCUGAGGUUGAUCUCUACAAAUGUGAGCCAUGGGACCUUGCAGAGAAGUCGUAUCUACCAAGUAGAGAUCCAGAAUGGUAUUUUUUCGGGCCACGUGACCGGAAGUAUCCGAAUGGGUUUAGGACGAACCGAGCAACGAGAGGUGGAUAUUGGAAAUCGACUGGGAAAGAUCGGAGAGUGACGAGUCAAAGCAGGGCGAUUGGGAUGAAGAAGACAUUGGUUUACUAUAGAGGAAGAGCUCCUCAAGGUAUCCGAACAGAUUGGGUUAUGCAUGAGUAUCGUCUCGAUGAUAAGGAUUGUGACGAUCCCUCUUCGCUCCAGGACUCGUAUGCAUUAUGUCGGGUGUUCAAGAAAAACGGGAUAUGUUCGGAGUUGGAAACAGGACAGCAAUUACAAACGGGACAAUGUAGCUUCACCACAGAAUCAAUGGAGAUCAGUUCUUGUAAUAAUAAUAUUAAUUAUAAUAAUGAUUAUGAGACAAUGUCGCCGGAAGUUGGAGGUUCCUCCGCCUGCGUAGAAGACGUCGCCGACGACAAAGAUGAUUCUUGGAUGCAAUUCAUCACAGAUGACGCAUGGGACACGUCUUCAAACGCUGCACCUAUGGGACAUGGUCAAGCGGUUUAUAUUGACUAUUAAACAACAAAGAAUAUUGGGUAAAUAACGCAAACACUUAGGUACACUUCUGUUGUACUUUAUUAUCUAUAAUCGCUGGAAUAAAACCUACGGUUGUUGUUUUUCUUUGUUUUUUGUUUUGUUUUGGGAUUGAUGUUGUUAUUGUCCAAUGAUUUGACGGCUCUAUGGAUCAUCAAGGGUACCUUUGUUUUUUUUCCUCACAUGGGUGUAAACAGAUCAAGUUAAUGGACAAGGAUAUUUGGGUUUAUG